AUGCUACUUGAUUCCCUGUUAGUGCAAUUCAACAAGUUUAAUUAUAUAUUUAACCAAAAUCUUAAAGAAUAUAACAGAGAAUUAGAAUUAGAACUAAGUAAAUAAGCCAGAUAAAUUAUAUAUAUUAUUAAGUUCAGCUAUAAAUUUUGA